UCUCUCCAAUUCUCUCUCAAAGUAUUGAAAGAUACGUUAAGCUCAUCCUAUUAUCCUUUUCAAAUUAAGGUGUUACUGAAUCAUAACAAUAUGAACUACACAUCUCUUUGUCAAAUUUCACCCGACAAUGACACAUGGAUCAUAAAAGUAAGAAUUAUAAGGAUGUGGGAUGCAGUAAACAUUGCACAAGGCAAUGAGUUGAUCAGUCUAGAUCUGAUCAUGUCGGAUGAAAAUGGAACGCUAAUACAUUCAAGUAUUAGGAAUAAAUUCGCACAACGUUUUAGGCCUCUUCUCAACGAAGGAUGCAUUUAUGAGAUAAAGAAUUUUAUAUUUGAAGAAUAUAGAGCACAAUAUCGUCCAGUGCAUCAUCAAUUUAAAAUUCUUUUUAUUUUAACGACCUCAGUCUCCAAAAUCCAUGAAAUAAAUCAGUCCAUACCUCAAUAUGGAUUUGAACUUGCAGACUAUGAGACAAUAACAAGCCGUUGCAAUGCCCACACUUAUUUGACAGAUGUUAUUGGUAGAUUGGAAUCGGUUGGAGCAAUAAAGGAAGUAAAGUCUAAAGGAUGUCCAACCAAAAUACGCACAAUCCAUCUUCUAUUGGAAGAGAACAAAAUUCUACAGAUAACUUUGUGGGGGGCUAAAGCAUAUCAAAUAGAUGAGGAUUUUCAUAAGAAUACUCCAAGACCAGCCAUUGCAAUUGUAACUUCGACAAUUGUGAAAACUUAUAGAGGUCAGUAUAACUUAUCAUCAACAAGCGCAACAAGGAUUUACAUCAAUCUUGAUAUUCCAGAAGUUGAUACAGUUGAAGAACGUUGCAAUAGUAGAAGUGAAUCAAAUGAAGAUUGA